CAGCGGGGGAGCGGGCGGCAGUGCGCUCUGGGGGCUGUAGUUUCGCCCGCCGUGCUGGUGCCGUGCCGUGACGGUGACGAGCUGCAUCCUGGGAGAGCCGUUUCCGGGUUCGGCGGUAUUUACCGCGCCCGGGCUCUACGCCCAGGUUCGCCUCGUCUCUCCUGACCGAGCCUUCUCCGUCCCCGGCAGCGUUUUGGCUCAUCUGUCCUCCCGCAGGGGUGAAGCCUGGCGCCAUGGACGUUAACCAGCCCAAGCAGGAGCACUUGCUGGCUCUGAAAGUGAUGAGGCUAACCAAACCUACUUUGUUCACUAAUGUUCUGGUGACUUGUGAAGAAAGAGAUUUGCCAGGUAGUCUAUUUAACCAACUCAUGAAAGAUGAUCCUUCUACUGUAAAGGGAGCAGAAACUUUGAUGCUAGGAGAAAUGCUGACUUUGCCUCAAAAUUUUGGAAAUAUAUUUCUGGGAGAGACGUUUUCCAGUUACAUUAGUGUACACAAUGAUAGUAAUCAAGUUGUCAAGGACAUACUGGUGAAGGCUGAUCUUCAGACAAGUUCUCAGCGCUUGAACCUUUCAGCUUCUAGUGCAGCAGUGGCAGAACUUAAGCCUGACUGUUGCAUUGAUGAUGUGAUCCAUCAUGAAGUAAAGGAGAUAGGAACACACAUCUUAGUUUGUGCAGUAAGUUACACUACGCAGACAGGAGAGAAGAUGUACUUCAGAAAGUUCUUCAAAUUUCAGGUUCUUAAGCCACUAGAUGUGAAAACCAAAUUCUACAAUGCUGAGAGUGACCUCAGUUCUGUGACAGAUGAAGUGUUUCUGGAAGCUCAGAUUCAGAAUAUCACCACCUCUCCAAUGUUUAUGGAGAAGGUGUCUUUAGAGCCAUCUAUGAUGUACAAUGUUGCAGAACUGAACACAGUUGACACAGCAGGGAAAAGUGAGUCUACUUUUGGCUCAAGGACUUAUUUACAACCUAUGGAUACACGUCAGUAUUUAUACUGCCUGAAACCAAAGCAAGAAUUUGCAGAGAAAGCUGGAAUAAUAAAAGGUGUAACAGUGAUUGGUAAACUAGACAUUGUAUGGAAAACUAAUCUGGGUGAACGAGGAAGGCUGCAAACUAGCCAGCUCCAAAGAAUGGCUCCUGGUUAUGGCGAUGUAAGGCUUUCUUUGGAGACAAUACCAGACACCGUAAAUUUGGAAGAACCAUUUGACAUUACAUGUAAAAUAACAAAUUGCAGCAGUGAAAGGACUAUGGAUCUUGUUUUAGAAAUGUGCAAUACCAAUUCCAUCCACUGGUGUGGAGUUUCAGGAAGACAACUUGGAAAGCUGCACCCAAGUUCAUCCCUCCAUCUUGCACUUACAUUGUUGUCUUCAGUGCAGGGACUGCAAAGUGUCUCUGGCUUAAGACUUACGGACACGUUUUUGAAGAGAACAUAUGAGUACGAUGAUAUUGCGCAAGUCUGUGUAGUUUCUUCAGAAUUCAAACAAAGCUGAAGAAAAAAUUCUGUGGUUUUGCUGGGCUUUUUUUUGAUCAACUUCUUGAUGUUUUUGCACCUGAAUCAUGUUAAAAUGUGUACAAACAAAACCAAAUCCCUAUAUGUCUAUAAAUGUAACUAUGCUUAUUUAAUUCCUCUGAGCAUUUUUUGAAUGUUUAAAAUCUUCUGAAAACGUGCAUAUACAUUUUGUCUACCGAAAAUAAAGCCUUUGAAA